UUUUUGCCGGGCGUGCGCGCGAUCCGCUCGAGUUUCACAUAGGCGUUUACAUAGAAUGAGUAAGCAGCGGGCAGCCUGACCUGUAAUAUAUGUUUCCUAUACCCCUCCCUGAGAGAGAGUCAAGGCUAUAAAUAAAGCAGCGGCCGACUCGGGGAAGUGAGCGCGACGUUGAUUGUCCCGCCUAUGGUAAGAAGCUACGUGCAGUUUUCAAGUUCCAGGCAGGCCAUUAUUGGCAUGACUCGGUUGGAUUGAAUUUAUAUCGUGCAAGAAACGCCUUGGUGCAGUUGUGGUUUAUCACUCGUGGUCCAUCGGUUGGACUUCUCCAUCCCGGGCAAAGGAUUAACCCAAGGUGCUUACUUCAAUUAUCUUGAAAGAUGGAGAUGGCACAGAUUAUAUUGUUCUUUACUGUGACUGUGGCAGUUGCAAUGGCUCAGAAUGCCUCAACACCUAGACCUAAGUUUAUUGUGACAACAGUAUUGAACAAGCCAUUUAUGAUGAAGAAGUGGCAGAUUUUCGAUUACGACUCCGAAAAUGAUCGAUACUACGGCUUUGUCAAGGACAUACUAGAGAAAGUGUCAAAGUUAGUGAAUUUCGACUACGAAAUCAAAGAAGUAGAUGACGGUUAUUAUGGCACCUUGGUCAACGUGACAGCCGGGGAAUGGAAUGGAAUGAUGAAAGAAAUAAUAGAUGGGACGGCCGACAUAGCAGUUGGGGAUAUUUCAAUAACAAGUACAAGAUCAAGAUAUGUCGGAUUCUCUAAACCUUUUAUCAACUUUGGCCUGGUGGCUCUGCUGAAGAAGGCCAGGUUUACUCCAUGGGAAGAAGUAACGCGCCUUUUCAGCCUCCUCCACCCUUUUUCCGCGGAAGUAUGGGUGCUUGUGCUCGUGGCCUUCCUUGUCGUCAGUGUGGGGUUUAUUAUCAUCGACAGAGUGAAUCCUUAUGAAUGGAGGAAAGCAGCCGACGAUGGUCGAGCUAGUCAGGGAGAUAAGAGUAAUCUUGGUGUUGGAAACAGCUUAUUCCUUGCCUUUAGUGGAUUGAUGUGGCAAGGGUAUUCCAGCCCACCUCGUUCUAUUGCUGGCCGUACAUUGGCUUGUUUCUGGUGGAUUUUUGUAGUUUUCAUGCUGAUAUGUUACACGGCCAGUCUCACGGUACUGUUCCUUCGGCCAAAGCAAGAUCUUCAACCAGAACUCCCCAUAGGCAAUGUUGCCGAGCUUGACAAGUUUCCCGACAAGUUCACCAUUGGUGUUCUUGACCACGGUUCCACGCAAGCCUUCUUCAGAACCAGCAGGAUUCAACAGUAUGUAGAUAUCUAUUCUAGGAUGCUAAAAACUCAAAACGAAUCGUUUGUAAAAUCCAUCGACGAAGGUGUGGAGAAAGUUCGUAAUUCCGAUGGCUCAUUCGUGAUGGUAAUGGAAUCGACAACAGCCAAUUAUAUCGCCAACAGUAAGCCAUGUGACCUGAGGGCGCUGCAGGAGCCAAUCACAAGUAUGGGCUACGGCUUCGUAACAAAGAAAGGUGUUCCGGUUUUAAACGAAAUCAACCGCGCUAUUCUGCGAAUGCAAGAAAGUGGAGAACUGUUCUUGCUUACUAAAGCUUGGUUCGCAGACAAGUGUUCAAACGAGAAAGACGCAGAGGUUACUUCGUCAAAUGAAGGAUUUGUCGCUGUUCGUCUCAUAGAUGUUGCUGCCCCGUUUGUCUCUUUAUUAAUUGGACUGUUUCUAGUCAUCCUUAUUGUCAUAGGAGAGAUUUUAUAUUACAAAUUUCGAGGAGAGAGAGAAAUUUGGACUCCGACUUCCAAUGAAGGCGACAUGCAGAUGCAGCAAGGGAAAAAUUCGGCGGCCAUACGGGAUAGUUUGUAAACAUCUGUAUCGCAGUUCAGGUUUUGAUAGAAUAGUCUUGGAAGUUAUAAGUUUUCUUUGAAGCGAACUGUUUUUUCUAAAAAGCGAUUGCUUAUUUGCGUGGGGAUUGUGGAGAGUCACUUACAGCGAUUAUUGUAGCACCUUUACUUUAAGAUUCUUCUAUACGAUGAAGAAAUACGACGUGUGUACAAUACUCAAGAAUCCAGAUUCAUAUUGAUAUUCGGGAUGUUCCUUUGAAAUUCAGUAGGUUUCACCUGACUAAUGCCCUAUAAAAAGAAAGCGUGAUAUCUGUGUGGAAAAACAAAAGUGACAAAAUUCGAUUUCAAAAGAAAAUAUAACUGUACUGUUGAAAGUUUUAUUUUUUCUUUUUUUUCUUCUUCUUCUUCUUCUUGUUACUAUUAUUAUUCUUUUUGUAUGAAUCUCUCUUUAACUUUUGCCGUUUUUAGACAUUUUUCAUUCAAUAUUAAUGUUUUAAUGUCAUAAAACUGUGCACUAACGUAUCGCUAACGUAUCACUGAAUCUCUCGGUGCACCCAUAGGAAGGGGAUUGGAAAGAACCGCUUUUUUUGGCCGGGGAAGGUUUUCCAUGAAUCAAAUUUAUAUCUAGAUAUGUUAGAUAUGCCAUUUCUCAUGUUAGGUAAACUAAAGAAGCGAAAAGGUUCAUGAUUUCAUGAUGCCCCCCUCCAAAAAAAAGCCUGCUAAAAAUGUACUAAAAAUAAGCGUGGGCUUAGUGCUUUAAAGUAUAGUUUUAGGGUAGUACGGUUAUAUUUCUCAUACAGUUCUUUCAAGUGCAAACAAAAGUGCACGAUAGACCGCUUAAAUAAUCAAGACUGUAGAAAAUGGAUCGCAAUCCGUUUUCCCUGAGAACUUGUUAACUCAUUAAAGAUUAGAACCGACUAGUUUAUUUUUGUGUGUUAACAAUAGACUACGGUUUAUUUCCAUAAAUGUAGGCCUUAUUGUUCUUGUAACUUUUUUGUAUGUUAUCUAAUAAAUAGUUGAUGUAAUUUU